UGACGACUUUCGCUUUUUGAGCUUAAAUCCUUCGUCGAAUUACGCCAGUAUCGCAUUGCAUCGCAUCGCAGACUACCAAUUGCGUCAAUAUUUGGCACAGUUGAUUCUCCUCUGUGAUCUUUUUCGGUUUAUUCUAACCUUCUUUUUCCUCGUCGCGACUACAGCCGUCAUCAUGAGCUUCGUCACUCGCAGGGCCCUUUCGACCCUUAUCCCUCCUAAGGUUGCUUCCCCGAAUGCCAUCGGCAGUGCUCCUGAUGCUGUUCGCAUGAAGCGUGUCGUCAGCUUCUACGAGAAACUCCCCCGAGGACCCGCCCCCGAGAUCCAGGCUACCGGUCUUCUCGGACGAUACCAGGCCAAGCACUUUGGCAAGAACCCUACUGCCAAGCCUAUCUUCCACGCGAUUGGUUUCCUUCUCGUCAUCGGAUACCCCAUGACCUACUACUACCACCUACGUCACCACAAGAACAAUGCCCAUUAAGCAGGUUCGGUAUUGAGGCACUCAGUAAAACGGGGGGUAGAGUCAAGCAACUUGUACAUAAGAUAGAUAGUACCGAGCAUAACAGCUAGUCAUCGUGUACUAGAACAGAACAGAGCUUAGCCUCACUAAAAGAAUUCUACAGUUUCCUAUUUUGCUC